ACUGGCAGGUAACACGUGUGUUGCGUUUUGUUUGUAUUUAGACAACAUCUUAGCGAAAUGACUAAAACAAAGGCUCCAAUCCAAACUACUCCUGCCGAAGGAUCUGCGCCUGAGAAGCCAAAGGCAAAAUCCAAGAAAGCCGCCAAGCCAGAGGCCAGUAUACCACGCGGGCAGCCCAAAUCCAAUCGGCCCUGGAAGACCCCCAAACAGAAAUUCAGCAAGAUCAAAAAGACCAUCAACCGAGCCACUUUCGAGAAGAAAACUGCUCUUCGCAACGAACUGCGCUACAUUAAGGAAAAAUCCAAAGAGAUCAAGGACCAACGGAAAGAAGCCGCCGUGCAGCGUCACCAGCGACGCGUGGAGAACGCAGAACGUCGCCUGGCCAACGAGCGACGCUCGGAGGUCGUCCAGGUGAUCAAGAAUCCGGCAAAGCUGAAGCGCAUGAAGAAGAAGCAGAUGCGCAUGAUCGAGAAGCGUGACAUCAGCCAAGUCAAGGUGGUCUAAGAUGCGGCAGGACGACUUCCCCCUAGUGUUUAACGUGUAUUUUUUGCCUAAAUAAAUCUAGUUCUAGUACAACUAACGAAUAUGUA